AUAUUCUUUCUUUGGCAGGCGAUUCUAAACUACAUGCGAGUGGACUGCAAAUGCCACGGCGUUUCAGGAUCGUGUGAAGUAAAGACCUGCUGGAAGGCCAUGCCACCCUUCCGCAAGGUCGGCAACAUCAUCAAGGAGAAGUUCGACGGUGCUACCGAGGUGGAGCAGCACAAAGUGGGGACCACCAGAGUCCUGGUGCCACGCAACUCCCAGUUCAAGCCGCACACGGAUGAGGACCUGGUGUACCUGGACCCGAGCCCCGAUUUCUGCGAGCACGACCCAAGGACUCCGGGCAUGCUGGGAACGGUAGGGCGAUACUGCAACAAGACGUCGAAGGCCAUCGACGGCUGCGAGCUCAUGUGCUGCGGCCGUGGCUUCCACACGCAAGAGGUGGAGGUGGUGGACAGGUGCAGCUGCAAAUUCCACUGGUGCUGCUACGUCAAGUGCAAACAGUGCCGCAAAAUGGUCGAGAUGCACACGUGUCGGUGAUCCACCCGGCCCUCCUUCGCCCCACCUGCCUCCAGUGAACGUAUAAAACUCCUGGUCUUGCCUCCGUCCUAACUGCCCUGGGAAAUGGGACAGAAUAAGUCUAGGGCAAAUAGAGUUUAUUUUAUUCCCACUUGAGAGUAUUUUUCUCUCCUUUUUGUGGUUACGUUCUUAUUUUUGUAUUGUUUUCUAACUUAUUUGGAAUCAGAGUGAUUUUAAUGUGACAAGCUCCACUGGGAGUGGUAAACAUUGGAGGAGGAUUGAACUUAAGGGGGGUCGAAGGAGACGAAUAAAGGGACUGAGGGUUUUUUACGUCCCCUCCCACUAUUGAUGCUGCUUUACAAUCUCAUCUGGAAUGUCGGACGGACAUCAAGGGAUUUCCAAGACUCUUAUAAUAGAAAUGUCUCGAGGUGCAGUCCGGGUGUACAUCUACAUCUCACAGUGGCAUUUUAAUAAAAAUGUGGCCGUUUUUAGCCACGAUGCUGCUUUAAAAAUCACUCAAACUGUGUACAGCAUUGUUAUAGUUAUAUGUAGAUGUAAGUAUUACAGAGUUUCUCCUCUUUUGUAGGGAAGCAAACCAACUCAAGAUCUAAAAAAAAAAACAGCUGCAUGAGUGUGUAUUUAAUCCAGAUGUUUAGUACUGACCAUCAGCGACACUCGUGAAACAAAGGUUAUCAUUGAAGAUCUGUGACCACAAUUCCAAAAAAAUAAAAAGAAAGAUGAACAUGCUUCUGGUGGUCGGACCAUGGACACUGUGCACAGUAUCAGCACUUUUCAUCUCCACAUGCACAUACCAGUAAAAUCCCAGAGCAUUCCCUGUUACAUUAGCGUGAGUGAAUUAUUUAUAUGUACAAACACCAUAAUUCCAAGUUUUUUUUUUAUAAUACAUGCUAUACAGUAUGCUUCUAAAGAACCAUAGCUCUGUAAAAGAUGUAUACACUGAAGAGGACUAUAUUGCAUAUGAAUGUAAAAUU